AUGCAGGAGCGGGAUCAGGUUAGACGCUUCAUCACGCUCAUUGAUUCACUUUACGAAUGUCAUACGAAGGUGGUGUGCACCGCAGAGCUGGAUCCCAUCCCUCUCUUCUAUGUCUCUGAGGAGGAGCGCAAGACCUCAAUAGCGGAUGAGAUCUUCGCUUGGGACCGCACGGUAAGUCGUCUCAUGGAGAUGCAGUCCACUGCCUACUUGAGCGCAGCCUCUCAGUCUCUCAGCGGUGAGCAGUUCUUGGGACAGUACAGACUCAAGAGCCUGACGGAUGAGGACUUCAAGGAAAUGUGGAGACGCUACGAUCAGGAUGAUAGCGGCCAUUUGGACAUGGACGAGCUGCGGCUUUUCCUGGAAGACCUGCUAGAAAAGCAGUGUGGCCAUCGAAAUCUGUCCGAUGAGCUCUUCGAGAUUUGCCGGGAGGCCAUCGAUGCUAAUGCCGAUGGCGAAGUAAGCUUUGAAGAAUUCCAGAACUACUUGUCCGAUUACUCCACAAUCGAGACGGUGCUUGGUAGCUCCUGA